AUGCCACGAUUUAUAUAAGAAAGAAUGAAUAAAGGUUAAAUUUAAAUUUCGUAAGAUUAAGGAGAUGUAAGUGUGUUAUUUUGUGACAUUUAUUAGUUUGAUAAAGUAAUCAAAGAUUAAUAAGAAAAAAUUAUAGAAUUUUUAGAUACAAUUUAUAGAGCCUUUGAUUAAUUAUGUCAAAAUUAUGACUUAUAAAAAAUUGAAACAGUAGGAAAAACAUAUAUGGCAGCAGGAGGACUUAAGGAUUAUGAUGUUGUUAUAAGUAAAUUCAAAUCUAAUUAUUUUAGAUUAAAAGAAUAUCAAUAGUACAUCUAGAGCUCUUGAAACAGCAAUAUAAAUGAUGGAAACAGUUAAAACUAUGAAAUACGGGGAUAAUUAAGAUGUAUAAUUAAAAAUAGGAAUUCAUUAUGGAAGAGUGAUAGCUGGAGUUAUUGGUGUUCAUAAACCUUAGUUCUCUUUAAUUGGAGAUACAGUUAAUACAACAAGUAGAGUAUGUAGUACAGGGGAAGCUGGAUUUAUCACUUUAAGUGAGGCUGCAUAUAUAAAUAUCAAGGACAAUACUAAAUAUUAAUUUGAAAAAAGAUCAGUUGCUGCUAAAGGUAAAGGGAUGAUUGAAACUUUUAAAUUGAUUUUAUAAUAAAAAGAAUCUACAAGAAAUUUGAAUCCAAAAGUAUCUACAUCAGAAAAUCAAGAUAAGAAUUCAAUUUAAUAAAAAGAAAAUAAAAAGAUUCUGAAUUUUAAAUCUUCUACAGAUAAAAAGAAUUAAUUUAAAAGACCAUCAAUUUAACCAGCCUAAAUUGGAGCAUUGAAUCUGAAUGAUCAUACAAAAUCACCAAAAGUUGUCAUUCGAUAGUUACAUAGAGAAACUCAAUCUUCUAUUAUGGCAAAUAUGAUUUUGAAAAAAAAACCAUCAAUAGAAAUUGAUUAAGAUAGCAAACGUUUAAAUACAAUAAAAUCUAAAUCAUUUAAUUAAGUACCAUAAUUUUACUAAUUUUAAGAAUGAUGAAAUUUAAAUGAAAGAUAUCAACCAUUCUAGUAAUGCAAAGACUCCUGGGUUUUAAAAAAAUUGGAUUUAAAAACGUAAAAGUGCAUUAGAUAAUCUCUUACCUAAUGCUUAAACUCAACCCAAUAAUUAAUAAGAUUCAAUAACUUAAAUUUAAUUUUAGAUAGAUCCUAAGCCUUAAGUUUAAGUUGUAUCGCAAUCAUGUGGAUAGUAAAUAUUUUAAUCUGGUGUUAAUUUAUCUCAUUAACCAAAUCAAUAAUAAUUUUUAAAUACAGCUGAUUAAUUACUAAAAGUGUCUGAUUAAUAAAUUGAUAAUAAUAAAUAGGAAGGUUUUAAUUUUAUUCAUAGACCAUAAAUAAAAAAGAGAGGAACAAUAAUUUUAGGAGAACUAAUUUAGAAGAAAGGAGGAAUCAUAAAAUCAAGUACAAAGAUAAUACUUCCAGAAGAAAGAGAAAAAAAUUAAAUAGUGAAAAUUUCAGGAGUAGGAAUGGAUGGUGAUUCUUAAAUGGAAUAAAUAAAAUAAAUCAGAAACUAAAGAUCUUUGAAAUUAUAACAACUAUAAGAUUCUAAUUCUGCUUUAAAGAAGAGUCCAGAGUCUAUAAAUGAAAGAUUAGAAGAGAUAGAAAUAGUGAAAAAAAAGAUGAUAAUUACACCUGAAUAAAAAUUUGAUUAUUAGACAUUAGAGAAAAUUAAGAAAUUUAAACUUGACUAUGAUGAAAAUUCCACUUUUGAAAUUGAUAAUAGUUAAUUCAAAAAUAAUGAUCAAUAAUUAUACCAUUCUAUUUAUGAGGAAUACAAAGAAUAAGAAAAAAUAUAGAUGAGAAAUGUUUUAGUAUUUUUAACAACCUUGAAUUUAUUUAAGGGUUUCUUAUUAUUCAUAAUAAGCUAAUAAUUUUAUGAUACAUAAACUGAACUAUUAAUUGUAUAAAUAUGUUAGUUUGGCAUAUGUUUAAUUUUUACAAUUAGUUACUAAAUGAUAUAGGAUAGAAUGAAUCUAGAAAUACUGAAGAUAAUCAUUUGGAUUUACUUUUUGAGUUCUAGUAGUCUUUCUUUAUUAAUUAUUAAUUAUGAAAAACAAGUAGAAUUUGAAGUAGUAUUACAAACUAUAUCAAUAACUGUUUUGUAUAUAAAUAUUUAUCUUUCAUAAAUCUUAAACUAUGAAGAUAGAUAAAGAUUUAUUGCUAUGUUUAUAAUAAUAAUUACAAUCAUGAUAGUUUAUGAAGUUUAUAUUUUAGAAAUAAUAAUUUAUUUAUUGGGAAUUGCAGGAUUAACAUUUUUUUGUUAAUUUCAAGAAAAAGAAUUAUUAUUCAAAAACUAUUUAAUAAGUUUGUAAUUAUCAACACAAAUUGCAAAAUAUGAAAAUAUGCUCCAAUAUUUAAUGCCUCCUCAUGCUUUAAGAAGAUUGCUGAAUCCUGAUUAAGAGAAUACAGAUACAUUUAUGGAUGUAUUGGAAAACACCACAGUAUUAUUUGCAGAUAUUGCUGGUUUUACAAAAUAUUCAAGUUCUGUUGAACCAGAAACAGUAGUUGAUAUGCUUAGAAAUCUAUUCUCUAAUUUUGAUUAGUAUUGUUAGAAGGCUGAAAUCUAUAAGUUAUUUACAAUAGGAGAUUGUUAUGUAUGUAUGGGUGUAUUGGAUUGUAAAAAGAGAGACCCUGCAGGAGAAGUAAAUCUUAAUUUAAAAAUAGGCCUAAAAAGUAUUGGCAUUUGGUUUUAGUAUGAUUGAAAUCAUCAAUCAUUAUAAGAAAGACCCUUAAUAUUAACAUUUAAAUAUGAGGAUUGGAGUCCAUACAGGCAGAGUUUUAGGAGGUGUUGUAGGGACAGAUGUUGUUAGAUAUGAUAUUUAUGGGGAAGAUGUUACAAUAGCAAAUUUGAUGGAAUCAUCAGGAUAAGUAAUAAAUAAGUUUAUGUUUUAAGGAAGGGAGAAUGUUAGUUAGUGAAAUUACAAAGAAUAUAGUUGAAAGUGAAUAUGAAGGAUUCUAAUUUGAUUAUGCCAAAGAUGUUUAUCUUCCCUCAAAAAAUAUAACCAUAUCUACUUACUAUGUAUAACCUAGUGAUGUAGAGUAAAGUUAAAAUGAUUGA